AUGCUGCCACCUAUCAACAGCCUUUUGCAGGAGCACCGUGGCGAAAGAUCGCAAUCCGAACCUUGCUCCCCAUUUUUCAGCCCCGCAAGGCUUAACUCCUUUAAGUUGGACGACAAGGGCGUCAUUAAACUGCCUCCUCUUCUUGGCCAGACGCCCCGUCAACCAUGCACACCUGCGCCAAUGGCGCGCACACUAGCUCCAGUACAGGACCUUAACGUGAUUGGAAUAUCUACACCUAGAGCCAGCCUAAAAAGAGCACAGUCAUGUUCUAGCGUAAUAGAAAGUUCUCCCAUUUUCGCGCACCGCAGCGUGCCCGAAACGCCAGACGCCCCUGUUACCAACAAACCUGCACACACUAGAGCCAUGACACCAAACUCUUUGACUAAAACACCCGCUGCCGAUCACAGAAAAGCAUUUGCAUUUAUCACGCAUUCACAGGAUACCUUCCCAUCGAAAGAACCCUCCAUCGACAACGCUCCGCUUGCCAGGCGCAAGAGGAGAAGAACCUCGAAGCACGAGCUCAACAUUCUGCAGUCUGAAUUUGAAAUUUGCCCUACGCCUGACAAGCAGAAACGUGCUGAGCUUUCAAAGCGUUGCUGCAUGUCUGAAAAAGCCAUCCAGAUCUGGUUUCAGAACAAAAGACAGAGCGUAAAACGCCAGCAAAAGGCCACAUCUUCGGACACUUCUGCGCCAUCCACGGAACGCCCUGAAGCACACACAGUGACGCCCCUGGCGACAAGAACGCUGCGGCCUGGUCAUGCAUUCAAACAAGACCCAGCAACUCCGUCAUCAUCUAUUUUGGACACUUCCAACCUUGUUCUUGAAAGUGUACCUCCCUCAGACGUGGCUUACUGCAGCCCGACACUUUCGAAGCAGCAAUCUCAUCAGCAGCUCGGCCGCGGACAAGCAUUGACGUUCCGCUUGAAGAACGACACAAAAACCUUGACGCCCAUUAGAACAUCUCCUAAUAAUAGGGUUAACAAGCUGAUAAAUGGCAAUAAACGGCCAUCUCCAUCGAGUGAUAAUAUUUCGCCAACGCGGAAAUCGAAGUGCACUUUCAAGGCCUAUCAAGAUACCCAUAAGCGCUCUGCUCUCGAGGAGGUCAAUGUCAACAUAUUAAGGAGCUGA